CCCGGUUCUACGCGCCCAAUGUGAACGGUCGCUUGGUCGGGCAAUAAAAUACAGUCAGGAUUGUGAUAUGUAGUGUUUGUGUGUUCGGUGUUCCCACUCAGUGUUGUUCGUGAUGUCGCGUUCUGUGGCCGGUUUUAUCUUAUAUCUCUAUGUCUGCACCGUCUCAGGUCAGCAGUACCCUGUGUAUCGCUUGAAGGGUACUCCAACCGACCCAAGCAUUGCCAUCGGCGUUAUAUCAGGCGGCCAUUACCCAGCGGGCAGCUUCAGUAUUGGUUAUGGAGAGAGCAGUCCAAACGGGGAUGGAGGGCCAGGAGCCGAUUAUGGUGUGAACAAUGGAAAUAGAGGAAAUGGACAAUUAUAUCCCAAUGGAAACACAGGACCUACACAGAAUGAAGGUGGUUACGUUCACGGGCAAAAUGAUAUCAAUAAUUAUGGUCAGAAUCCUACCCCCGACCAGAAUACACGGGUUCAGUAUCCUGCCCCCAAUAACGAUGUUCCACUUCAGAACCCAGGACGGAAGCCAACUCAUCCUUACGAUGCUGUUUACAACCAAAACAAUGAUGUUCCCGUCAGAAAUUCUGCAUCUAGAAACAGAUUCUUACCUCGGAUCUUAGAAUAUAUUUUUAGUUAUUUCUGGUAAUUUUUGGUUUUGGUCGUUUUUCAUUUUAUUUUUAUAAUAACUAUCGUGUGAUAUACUUACUAAAUUAAAUAAAAAUCACGGUUAAAAGUAGACAUAGUAGGUUGUGCGCACGCUGCUUAUGAUUGCACGCUGAUUGUGAUUCGAAACUAGUAGAACUCUUUCCAUUAAUGUACGUGAGUAAACUGUGAUUUUUAGUUCAUUUAUUUUCUAAUAAAGAAUUAUUGUCGUUCGUGGUUUGAAACGCCACACUAUACAGCAAGUGUGUUACUAAAUUAUUAUAUUAUGUCAUUGUAAGUCAAGUAUACCUUAUAGACUUUAACUUGGCCUAGUCAAAAGUUUAAAAUACUAAGAUCUUUUUUUCUAUAAAAACAAUAAAAUCACCUAACCUACACUCACAGUUACAUUUACAGUUGUACCUAGUAACUUUGCCUGUUAAAUGACUCAUCAGCAGGAUGUAGUACGUCUCACGAUCGUUAUUAUAAGAAUGUUGUGUAUGUAAUUCAGUAUUUGGGCUUUUAAAAGGUUGUGGAGGUUUUAUGUUGCGUGAGCGAGAAGACUGUAAGAUUAUAUGAUAGUGAGUGGAUAAGACAACGAUAAAGCUUUUAAAAUUAAUGUUUUUAUCCCUAUUUUUGCUAUAAAUUGGUAAAUUAUUUGGAUGACGCUGACCUUUAACAUUUUGUUUUAACUUGUAACGUCAAUAAUAAUAUGUAGUUUAUAAUAAUUGAUCUGUGUAUAAUAAUAAUAUUAAUGAUAUACCCUAAUUUCA